GAGUAUAUAAUUAUUGGUUUGACUAAUCGAUCGUAAUUCGAUUAGGUUUACCUACAUGCAUAGAGUGUUCGAAACGACCUCUGCGUUUUAAAACUUCCGACAGAGAAAUAUCGAGACGUUUGCGAAUGACAGCUCAAGUUUUGAGUAUUUUAUAAUUUCUUGAAAUGGAGAAGGAGAAGGAAGGGAACGAUGAUUAUUAUUUGGAAUUAUCUUCUGAUCCCAUUAGGUUUGAAUCCGUUAGCUGUCUCACCAAUGUUUUUUUCGAUGAUUCUAAACAGCAAGUCUUUGCUGUUCGAUCUGGGGGUGUCACUGGUGUUUUGGUCAAGGGACCUAAUCAAAAUAUAAUAUUUAGAAUGGAGGAUAAAGGUCCGGUGAUCUCUAUAAAAUUUUCUCCAGAUAUGAAUAUACUUGCGAUACAGCGUACAAACACAUCUGUAGAGUUUAUGAAUUUCUCUCCGUCGCAUGAACCAGAUGGUAUAGAGUACUCUCAGUCUUGCAAGGGAAGGACUGCCACUAUAUUAGGUUUCGUUUGGACACAUGGCAAUGAAAUAUUAUUUGUUACCGAUCAAGGAGUAGAAUUGUUUCAAGUAAAUCCAGAGAAACGUACUACUAAAACAUUGAAAUCUUCUAAUUUAGUGAUUAAUUGGUUUGUAUUUUGUCCUAAAAGCUAUUUAGUUCUAUUGUCUACUGGUACAGUAGGAAAUUUAAUGCAAGCAUUGCACGUAACGCCUGGCAACAUUCAAAAAUUUACUAAAUUUGAAAUGGAACCUAGUACGACCAAGCCAGGAAAGCUCGCUGUCUCUGAAAGAGAUGUGGCUUUAGCUGUUUUGUAUGGGACACCUUGUAUUAUUGUUUUACGACAUCAACCAGGAGCUAAUCGUUCUGUUGGAACUGCAUUUGUAUAUGUAUAUACUAUUCAUAAGAUGUUAACGAUUAAAAAAAGUCAUAUUCUUAAGCUUGAUGCCAGUGGACGAUUCGCUAUUAAUGUUGUAGAUAAUCUUAUUAUUGUUCAUCAUCAGGCAUCAAAGACAUCAAUGAUUUUUGAUAUAAUGUUGCCUGGUGUAAGCGAUGGCACUGUGAUACAUCAUACUAGUGUAGCAUCAGCAAAAUCUAUUAAACCAUAUAAUCUUGUUGUCCCAGGUGCAACUUUGUCAGACGAAUUGUUACAGCCUUGUCAAUUAUUAUUUCAACCAAAUAUAGUGAUCGAUGUUAAGUUAGGAUGCUUAUGGUACAUAGAACUGAGGUUGGAAGUGUUAAUUAAACUUAUUAAAGACAAAGUUUUAUUAGUAGAAUUUCUUAUGCAGCGAUCUAAUGCAAAACAAAUAUUAAUACAAGUGUUACAACAAUUUAUGACUGAAUUGCCAAUAAGUUUAAUGGAUAUUCCAGCAAUUUUUGACAAAAUUAAUCCCGUGUACAGAAAUUAUCUUGAAAAGGAAAUACAGAAUCAGAUUGGUACACCUCUUCAGAAUAAUACAAAAAAUGGUAGCACUACUACAGAAAAUUACAAGUACAAAUUAAAAAUUGAACAAAGUGAUAUGUAUAGUAUCAUUUUGCCAAAAUUCCCUGAAAAUACAAUAGAACCAAAAAUGAUAGUAUGGGUCCUUCUAGAAUAUAUCAGGUCUUUAACAGAACAUGGAAUCCCUGUGGAACAUUAUUUACACGAGUUAGUUAUCACAACAUUGGUACAUAGGAAAGCAUAUUAUCAAUUACAUCAAUUAUUGCAAUAUCAUGUUGUAGCUGACUCGAAACAUUUAGCUUGUUUAUUGCUGUCCUUAGAAAAUUUAUAUCCAGCUGCUCAUCAGUUAGCAUUAGAUAUGUUAAAACGAUUAGGAAAUGCACACGAGGAAAUAAUCGAAGUACUUUUAUCCAAAGGACAUAUUUUAGCUGCUCUUCGAUAUGUCCGUUCAGUGGGAAUGAUAGAUCAGGUAUCGGCUCGAAAAUUUUUAGAAGCAGCAAAAGCUUCCAACGAUGCCACUCUUUUUCAUUCUGUCUUCAAAUUCUUUGAACAGCGUAAUUUAAGGUUACGUAAUACAACAGCUUUCACAAGAGGAGAACAUUGUCAACCAUAUGUUCAACAUUUUAAAUAUUUGUUUCAAGGGACGGAUAAUGGGUGUAAUUCCGAUACAAACUCUAAUGUUACUACAAUCUCAUCGUAAGACUGUCACUGUGAUCUUUAUAUAAUCGGAAUAUAGAUUUGUGUAUUUAAUUGUAAUAUUUUAGGAGAUGUAUAGGAAUGUCAAUAAAAAAUAAUUUUUAUGUAUUGUUUUUAAAGUGAUUGACAUAAAUAAUCAAUGAAAUGAAAAAGUAUAGUUAAUGUAAUCCAUUUAAAAUGACUUUAUUGAUAUAUUCAAAUCACUUUUGUCUUUCUCUUAACAUUUCGUUAAUAAACAUUGUACAAUAUUGAUUUUGCUACCA